UGAGGUUUUACUUUUCUUUUUUAACAGUGUCAGCGCUUUGUAACAGUCAGAGGUAAAGCUGUAACUUUACGUUUUCCGACAUCUUCAGGACAGAGGAGUUUACGCUUCUUUGUGGUUAAGAAGCUGUGUUUUUGUCUUAUCAACUUAAAGAGAGAGAAUAAAGAGAGGCUGGUGAGGGAACGACUGUUUAUAGCUGCUAUAACGAUUAUGCUCUGAUUGGCUGUUUUGGUUGGUGGAUUAAAAACUAAGAACUAAUGGACGAGGUGGAUCGGUGUGUGUCACUGAAAAAGUUUCCAACAGAUGGUGCCGUGACCCGGAUAGAGCUACCUCACCGGACAUCACUCCAGACUGAAUCUUUUCAGCUCAACCACGAUUUGACAUGAGUGUGUCCCUUCACCACUACCUCCUCACCAUCAUCUAAGUGCAAAGCAUCAUCACGGACAUCCUUGAGAGAUCGUCAGGAAGGACAAGAGACUCACCCUCUAGACAACUCCUCAGCACUGGCGGAGAAGAAUACACUUCAGAGACGUUGGAGUUUCACUGCUAAACUCUGAACCUGGAUCCAGCGUAUCACUGCUUUAGUCAGACUUGAUGACUGCAGCGACCGACCAGCGCGUUCUCUAUAAAGAAUCCUGCUGAAGAGAAUCCAAGUCUCCUGGUCUUCACUGAUUUCCAACAGGUGCCAAUACUUUGCACAAAGCAAGAGAUGGGCUGCAGUCGGUGAUUAUAAACCUGCAGUGUGUACAGAAGUGUGUAAAUGGAGGAGUUGAUGAAAGGAUGAAAGAGUGCAGCUCCAGCGAGGUGUAAUUCCUACAGCAGUCAGUAGGGGGCAGUGUGCGCUACAGGAGGCGAAGCGGGGAGGAAGGCGAAGGAGAAGAAGAGGAAGUGACGUAGUUUGUGUGGAUGUGGGAGCUGUGAUGGAUGAAGUCGGGUCUCCGGCGGUUCGGCGCUCCGGUGCCGCGGCUCUGUCCGCCGUCCGAACCGAAACCAUCGAAUCCCUCACAGACCUGGAAGACCUGGAGCGGGUUUAUUCUCAGCUCUGUGCUGAAGAGGCGGAGGUGCAGAAGGAGUUGGAGGUUCUUUCUGGACAACAGAGCACCAUCGAAACCAAGAUGCUGGCUCUACAGAGGAUCGGGCCCAACCUGCAGCUGAUCGAAGGAGAUGCUACACAGUUAUCCGGGAUGAUCAGCUUCACCUGCAGCCUGGCGGAGAACGUCAGCAGCAAAGUCAGACAGCUGGACCUCACUAAGAAAAGGCUGUACCAGGCGAUCCAGCGCGCUGAUGAUAUUCUGGAUUUGAAGUUCUGCACUGACGGCGUUCAGACCGCCCUCCGCAACCAUGACUACGAACAAGCCGCCGCCCACAUCCACCGCUACCUGUCUCUCGACCAAUCAGUGAUCGAGCUGAGCAGGCAGGGCGGAGAGAACACGGCAGUCGACGCCAGUCUCGCUUUGCUGCAGGAGGCGGAGCUUAGUUUGAAAGCACUGGUUACGAAGCGACUAGAGGAAGCGGUUGCCACGGGCGACCUGCCUCAGGUGGAACGCUUCUUUAAAAUCCUCCCUCUGCUGGGUCUUCAUGAGCAGGGACUCGCACAGUUCGCCCAGUACCUCUGCAGUCAGUUGGCGAGUAAAGCGGAGGAGAACCUGCUCCUGGCUGUGGGUUCUGAUGUCAGUGACCGUCGUGCGCCGCUGAUCUUCGCCGACACACUCACUCUACUGCUGGAGGGCAUCGCUCGGAUCGUGGAGACGCACCAGCCCAUAGUGGAGACGUACUACGGCCCGGGCCGACUCUACACACUCCUCACACACCUUCAGAAAGAGUGUGACGCACAGGCGCAGAAAGUGGUGGAGAAGUUCAUCCAGCAGAGAGGCUAUCGCAACAAAUUCCAGGUUGUUCAGAGCAGCAUGAUGAGAGGCGUGUCCACGGAGAAGAUCGAGCCGAGAGAGCUUGACCCGGUGUUAUGUGAGGUCACCCUGAUGAACUCGAGAGCUGAACUGUACCUGCGCUUCCUGAAGCGGCGCAUCACGGCAGAUUUUGACGUCGCAGACGCAACAGCGGUUGAGUCAGUGAUCCGAGAGCACCAGCAGUGUUUGGAGCGAUUGCUGAAGGAUUGUCAGCUCAGCUGCACCAUGCAGGAGCUGAUUGGUUACUACAUCCCCAUGGAGGAAUACUACAUGAGAGAGACUGUGAAUAAGGCAGUCGCCAUGGAUACAGCCGAGCCGGGUCAGCUGAGCUCCAGCAUGGUGGACGACGUGUUUUACAUCGUGAAGAAGUGCAUCAGCCGAGCGCUGACCAGCGGGAACUCGGACUGCGUGUGCGCGAUGAUCAAUCACGCCAUCAGCGUGCUCGAGACGGAUUUCAGGGAAGUGCUGGUGACUAAACUGAGAGCCGGUUAUCCAGCCAGCACUCUUCAGGAUCUGCAUCGUGGUGUCACCAGCGCCGUCAGUCUGAUGCAGAGCAGCUUACAGCAGGGAAAAAUCCAAUCUCUGGGCAUCGAGAGUCAGGAACAAGCCAAGACUGCGUACCUGGUGACUCUGAAUAACGUGCAGGUCUGCAGUGAGAACAUCAGCACUCUGAAAAAGAACCUGGAGAGUGAUUGCACCAAGCUGUUCAGUCAGGUGGCGGGUUCAGAGCAAGCUCAGGCUAAGAUAGACAGCUGUCUGUCUGACCUGGUGAACACCUCCAGCAAGCUCAAGGAUCUCCUCCAGGAGGGUCUUCAGGAGCUGAAUAACACGGCUAUCAGACCGCAGGUGAAGCCGUGGAUCAGCAGCUUCCUGUCUGUUUCACACAAUAUCGAAGAGGAGGAGUUCAGCGAGUACGAGGCGAACGAUCCGUGGGUCCAGCAGCUGGUUGUGCAGCUGGAGCAGCUCAUGGCUGAGUUUAAGGUCGGCUUGUCUCCUGUCAUCUACGACACGCUGACCAGCCUGAUGACCAGCCUGAUCGCCAUGGAGCUGGAGAAGACCGUCUUUAAAUGCACCUUCAGCAGGUUGGGUGGUCUGCAGUUUGAUAAGGAGCUGCGUUCGCUGGUCGCUUAUCUCUCCUCCGUCACCUCGUGGACGAUUCGGGAUAAAUUUGCUCGCCUCACUCAGAUUGCAACGAUCCUCAACCUGGAGAGGGUGUCCGAGAUCCUGGAUUACUGGGGACCGAAUUCGGGGCCCCUGACGUGGCGUCUGACACCGGCCGAGGUUCGACAGGUUCUGGCGCUCAGAGUGGACUUUCGCAGUGAGGACAUCAAAAGACUCCGCCUUUAAUACGGCCCUGAAUCUUACCGCAUCGUUUUCAGUUAUUUAUGAUUAUAAUAGAAGAAGAAAGGUGAAUAUAAUCAAGGGAUUUCUUUUCUUUUUUCAUUUGUAUACUGACUUGAUAAGAAGCGUUAUUGGGUUUACUGUCAUUAAGAGUUGCUGUAUCAGUAUGUCCAUCUUUUUUUUUUUUAAUGCUCAGAAACAUCACUUCUAAUCAUCAGAACCAGUUUUGUAGCAAAAAAAUAAAUAAAUAAACAAAUAAAACUUCUGUUUUUAAAAAAAAAAAACGGAGUAAAACUGUUCUGCAUUGCACCACUGCCAUGAUCGAUUAUAUUAACGAUUAAUCGAGUAAUCGUUUUUUUUUUUUAUUCAUAAUAAAGUUAGACUUAAGUGAUAUAACAUAUCAUGCUUAGUGUUUUAAAAAAAAACAGAAAUACUUUAUUGGGGAAAAAAAUAAGAAACCUUUAAAACGACAUAAAAUACGUAAUAAUAUCCUGGCCUUGUGAUUCCAAAUGUAGCCUUUUAACCUUAUAUCAAAAAAUAAAAAAUAAAGCAUCUCAUUAUUAUUCUGUUAAACAACAGUAAAUGUAAAACUGCAAACAAUUCAAAAAGUUUCAAACAAAUGUAAUAAAUUCGAUGUGAUAGGACACAGACUGAUAUAAUUUAAGUUAUUUACUGCGGUUUGACUUUGACUGCGUAUAAUUGAAUUAAUUUGAGUUUUGAUUUUCACAAUAAUUCAGUUCCCAUUAAGAAAUGUAAUGUAUUUAAUCUCGCCUAUUCAAAUUAAAA